UAGGAUCUUGAAGAUGAGGAAGGUCUUUGCCACUUUGAGGGCCUUAGUUGAAGUGUUAGAGGUGUUAAGUAGAGAUGCAGAUCCAAAUGGUGUUGGGAGGUCUAUCAGAGAGGAGCUUGGGCGAAUUAAAAAGCUGAUGCAACUUUGUCUGCGGAACUAACCUCCUUACAAUAUUGUCCCUCUAGAAGCGCAGUCCAUGACCCAUGCAAUAAGUGUUUUCCCAGAAGUCCGUGGUGCGAUACAGGCGAUUAGAUACACUGAACAUUUCCCUAAGCUUCCUGAUGAUUAUGAGAUUUCCGGACAACGUGAUGCAGACAUGUUUGAUUUAUUGGAGUACAUCUUCGGGUUUCAGAAAGAUAAUGUAAGGAACCAAAGGGAGCAUCUGGUUCUCACACUUUCAAAUGCACAAUCUCAGCUCGGUUUACCCAGCCCGAAUGACCCAAAAAUUGAUGAGAAGCAGUCAAUGAGGUUUUUCUUGAAGGUUUUGGAUAACUACAAUCAAGUGGUGCAAAUACUUGAGGAUACGCCUUGGUUUUACAACAA